AUGGGCCCCAGGAGGCCUCGUCUGCUGUUUCCUGAGGAUGAGCCCGUCAUUGCAGCGCCAUCCCAGCCUGCAGGAGCGCGGGCAGAGGAGAUUCGCGCCGCUGCUGCAGCUGCGGCCAAGACGUUGCAAGCAGGCGUGUCCACGAUGCUGGCCGACCGCCCCACCGCCCCGCCUGCCGCCGCCACCUCUGCCGCUGCAAAUGGUUUCAAGCCGCCGCCACCCAAGCCCCGAGGCCGCAGCGCAUCGCCUGCGGCAGCAGCAGCGGCAGCCCCGCGGCAGGGGGCACCAGCGGCGGCAGCAGUGAGCCCUACAGGCUCUGGGGACGACAAUGCGCUGGCCAGCUUGCUGGGGUACGACGAGGACGCGGGCGACUCGCCACGCUCAUCCGGAGGGCAGCCCGCGGCAGCAGCCAGCCCGCAGCGGGGCAUCGCCGUCCAGGCGCUGGCUGGGGAGCCAGGGCCCGCUGCAGCUGGCGCCGCCCCAGCCGCUGCCAAGCCUGCAGGCGACAGUAUGGACGCACAGCUCCACAGCUUCCUGUCCGAGCUGGAGAGCAGCGGCCUGCUGCAGGAGGAUGGCGGCGGCGGCGAGCGGGAGCCGCCGCAGGGCGCCGCAGCAGCCACGCCAGCAGCCGGCGCGUCCCAAGGCGGGCCCGCCACAGACGGCGACAGCGCGGGCGGAGCCGGCGCUGCCGAGCAACAGGUGCUGGGCCCGGUGGAGGGCGCCGGCAGCAACUGGUACCUCGUGCUGGACACUGGCAGCGGCAGGCGGUACUGCUGGAACCAAGCAACCAACGAGGUGGCAUGGACGCCGCCCGCCGGCGCGACGCUGCUCGCCGGCGCCGCAGCAGCGUCCGACGGGGCCUCGGCGGGGGCGGCGCCUGCCACGGCUGGCACAGGCGCUCAGCAGCAGCGUGGAGCAGCAGCAGCCGCACCGUCUGCCGCCCUAGAGGCGCCGGCUGCAGCCCCCGACCUAGGCGCUGCCUUCCUGGUAGCCCCGACCGCGGCGGCGCUGGAGGCAGCUGAGCGCAUAGCUGAGGAAUGUACCGAGGCGGCAGGCCCGCUCCUGGAUGAUGUGCCCAAGGUGGCGCGGUUGGCCGUGGAGGCGCAGGCGCUCUCUGCGCUGCUGCUGCUGCUGGCCCAGGCGCAGCAGGCGGCGGCAGAGGCUGGUGACGCGGCUGCCGCCUUCAAGUGGACAGACUUUGAGGGCACGAUGCGCAUGGCGCUGUCGGCGCUGCAGGCGCAGCUGCACGCGCUGCAGGGCAGCACGGCCGCUGCCGCCACCACGCCGCCAUCAGGCGAGGCCGCAGAGGCAGCGCAGGCAGCUCCAGCUCGAGCAGGCAGUCGGCCCGCCAGCGCCGGCGGCAGCAGCAGCGGGGAAGAGGGGGAGCUGCCGCCGCCAGGGGAGCAGCAGCAGCCUAGGGCAGAACAGCCGCCACUACCAGCGGCUGAGAGCAGUCCUGCUGCUGCUGCUGCGCCGCUGCCAGAACAAGCGCCAGUGUCGCUGGCCCCUGCACCAAGCCCGCCGGCAGCAGCUCCUCCCCUACCAGCAGCCUACCCGGCAGCAGAGCCUGGAGGAGGGCCUCUGGUCUACCUUGCGCCGCUGCCGCCUGCUGGCAUGCCGCCGCUGCCAGCCGAGGCGCCCGCUGCGGCGCCACUGCCGCCAGCAGAGGUACGGAAGAAGCGCAAGGCGGCAGGGGCGGGCGAGGCGGCGGCGGCCCCUAGCGGCGGCAAGAAGGCGCGCGGCGGCGGCCCGCAAUAUGCUGCCGGCUCCAGCAAGCUUGGCAAGGGCGCUGCCAGCCUCAUCAACAAGUGGGCUGCUGUGGCAAAGGAGGCUGCGCAGCAGGAGCAGGAGGAGGAGGCUGCGGCUGCUGCGCUGGACGACCCCGAGGCGAGAGCCGCGGCGGCAGAGGCGCAGCGGCGGCGGGAGGCCGAGGAGUGGCGCCUGCAGCAGCUGCGCAGCGGCGCCGCCGACGCCAACGCCAACUUUGCUCCCAUGCCGGGCGACUGGCGGCAGCGGGUGCAGCAGCAGCCGCAGCAGCAGCAGUGGCGGCCGCACAACGAGGCGGCGGGCGCGGCGGCGGCGGUGGCGACAGCGGUGUUGCCGCCCGAGGCGCAGGCGGAUGCAUCGGCUGGCGCCGUGGGCGAGUUCGAGAUGCCGGACUUGGACGCCCUGUCAGCGGGGCUGCCGCCAGGCUGGCAAGCUAUGUGGGACAAGGGCCACAAGCGCGUCUACUAUGGCCACCUCGCUUCAGCGGUGACUCAGUGGGAGCGCCCGCAGUAG